AUGGCACGUAUUGUACUGCACGAUAUUCAUAAAGGAUGCAGUAAAUUUAGUUGUGAUACUUUGUAUACAACACAAGAUGGUACAAAAUCAAUUGCCAGUAUUCUCUUUUACCAUCCAGGAUUCACUACAUACCAAGGAACGGUUUAUCGUGGUAUAUUCGAUUCAAGAGAAUUAGUAAAUAUUCAGGUGAAUCGCUGUAUUAUGACUAAUACAUUUUUGUCAACAUCAAAACUACCUGAAAUAGCUGAUAUAUUUGCAUCGUAUAAUCGAACAGAGCAAAAACUUGAUCGAGAAGGUAAAGAAGGCGAAGUAUCAAUCGGUUGUACAUUCAUAAUUAAAAAUAUCGAUGGACAUCGUCGAGCAUUAGAUAUAAGUGGUAUAUCUGAAUAUCCGUAUGAAGAGGAAGUACUGCUGCUGCCAUAUUCAGUAUUUCUAAUAACGAAAAGAGAGACAAUCGAACUUCAAAAUAACAAAGGGAACAGAAUUGAAAUUGAAUUCGAAGAAUGUGAUCAGGCACAACUAACAGCGAGUCUUAGUCACCAGUAA